AUGUUUCCUGUUUGCCUGACCCACUUCCUGGUCAGUGUCACAUGCUUCCUGUGUGCCUGACCCACUUCCUGGUCAGUGUCACAUGUUUCAUGUUUGCCUGACACACUUCCUGGUCAGUGUCACAUGCUUCCUGUCCUGUCAGUGUGUGUGUGUGUGUGUGUGUGUGUGGCAGUGUGUCUAUCAGAGGACAGCAGUGUGUCUCCUCUCUCAGAUCAUCACGCGCCCCUCGGCAGCCAAUAAGAACUUCCCGUAUCACGUUCGGACGUCCCAGAUCGGGAUCAUGAGCAGCCCAGGCGAGGCCUUCCCCCACCAUGCCUACGGCAACGUCAGCUUCAUCGGCGACUCCGUGCCCAACUUCACCGAGCUGUUCUCCAUCAACACCGCGGCGCCCCCACUGGCCACGGCUGAGAAGCUGGAGGAGACGGUGGCCCAGAAGGGACAGUCUUCCUGCAGGGACGGCAAGGUCAUCACCACGACGACGGCCGAGCUCAGCUCUGUCCUGCCCCCACCCCCGUUGCCCCCCCUGUUGUCCCCCAUGACACCCCCUGCCCCCCAACGUCACGGUGCCCCCUUUACAGAGUACUUCAGCAUGCAGGGAGGGGGGACAGGCCGGGUCCCGCUGGACUGAGGGAGGAGAUAGGAAUCGAGGGGACAGGAGAGACAGGAGAACGAGGGGACAGGAGAGAGGAGAACGAGG